AAGUAACAAUUUUCCAACAAAGACAGCUAAAAGCUCUCUCUUCAAUGGCGAAACUUGCCAAUCAUGAAGUUGCCGUAGUAAUGAUUCCAUUACCAGCACAAGGCCAUUUAAACCAACUCCUCCACCUCUCCCGCCUCAUCUCCGCCUAUCACCUCCCACUUCACUUCGCCGGAACCACCGUCCACCUCCGUCAAGCAAAAAAUCGGGUCCAAGGAUGGGACCCACUUUCCAUAUCCAACAUCAAAUUUCACGAAUUCACAAUCCCAAAUUACGAAACCCCACUUCCUAAUCCAAAUUCCAUCACCAAAUUCCCUUCCCAAUUGAUGCCCUCGUUUCACGCCACGUGUCAUCUCCGUCACCCGAUUUCUUCACUUUUACAUGAACUUUCAAGAAAUUACAGAAGAGUAAUUGUUAUUUAUGAUUCUUUAAUAGCUUGGGUUCUUCAAGAUGCUCCCUCUAUGGUAAAUGUUGAGUGUUAUAGCCUUCGUUGCAUUUCAGCUUGUUCUAUUCACUCUUGGGAUAAAUCUUCUGUAACACCGGAGUUUACAGAGUAUACCAGAGUACAAUUUGAGUUCAGGGAAAUUAUUAAUUCUGGUAAUUUAUACAAUUCUUGUUAUGAAAUUGAAGGAUUGUAUCUUGAUUUGCUAGGAAAAGAGAAAAGUGCGCGUAAUAAACAAUGGGCUAUUGGUCCAUUAAACCCAGUGAAACUGUUUGAUAAAAGAGAUUCAAAAAAAACCCAUAAAUGUAUAAAUUGGCUGGAUGAACAAGAACCGAAUUCCGUCAUAUUCGUGUCUUUUGGGACGACGACUACACUUUCUGACGAAGAAAUUAAAGAAUUAGCAAUUGGGUUGGAGAAAAGCCAGCAAAAAUUCAUAUGGGUAUUGAGAGAAGCAGAUAAAGGUGACAUUUUUACAGGUGAAAGUAGAGAAGUUGAGUUACCAGAAGGGUAUGAAGAAAGAGUGAAAAACAGAGGGUUAAUAGUUAGAGAUUGGGCUCCACAAUUGGAGAUUUUGGGACACGCAUCGACAGGUGGAUUCAUGAGUCAUUGCGGGUGGAAUUCAUGUAUGGAAAGUAUUUCAAUGGGAGUGCCAAUAGUAGCUUGGCCAAUGCAUUCAGAUCAACCAAGAAAUGCAGUUUUGGUAACAGAGGUGUUGAAAAUUGGACUAGUAUUGAGGGAUUGGGUAGUGAGAGACGAGUUGGUGAGUUCAGUUGCAGUUGCAGAAUGUGUUAAGAGAUUGAUGGAUUCUGCAGAAGGAGAUAAGAUGAGACAGAGGGCUAUGGAGUUGAGCAAAUCAGUGGAGGAUGGCGGUGGCAGCGGCAAAGAGAUGGACUCUUUCAUUGCCCAUAUCACAAGAUAAAGAUAAUUUUAAUUCUCUGAAUUUUUAAGUAUCAAAUGGCGUUGUGUUCUAUUUACAAGUAUGGAUUGAAAGCUCAGGGAUUGGCGUUUCUUGCAUUUGGGUCCAUUUCUUUUUUGGUAUUUGUUUAUGUUGCUAUUGUCUCC